AUGGCUCGAAACCGUGCUAAGGCCAACCAAACUUUCGAGGUCGAUGACAAUCGAUGCGUUGAUAACGCUAUCGCUGGAAGGGAGCGGAGAGAACCCGGUGGCGAUACCCAGGAGCGCCGACCAAGUCCUCCCUCGUCAUCGGUUCGCGGUUCGUGGACAUCGCUUCGUCUCCGCUCAGGUUACUCCUCGUCGUUUCGCUUGUUUACAAGCGCUCAACAUUGUGCGCACUCACUGCCUCCGCGUUCCCCCACAAAAAUGAAUCUUCCCUCCGAUCAUCCGAAUCGUGAGGAUUCCACCGGAGCGAACGGACUGUCCUCGGAAGGAUUAUGUGCGAUAUGCGGCGAUAAAGCCACCGGAAAACAUUACGGAGCCGUCAGUUGUGACGGAUGUAAAGGAUUUUUUCGGAGAACUGUUCGAAAACGACAUGCUUACAGUUGUCGCUUCAAUCGUAAUUGUGUGGUGGAUAAAGCACAACGAAAUACAUGUCGAAGUUGCCGUUUCGAAGAAUGUAUGCGACGUGGAAUGAAAAAAGAAGCUGUACAAAAUGAAAGAGAUAGAAUUCGACCAAGUGGUUCAUGUGCAAUUCCUGAUGAUCCUCUUCUUGAUGCGUUACUUUCGGCUGAGGCUAUAGUUCGUCAACUUCGAUCAUCGGUGAUCACUAGGACUGUGGAUGCUCGAAGACAGGCAACCACAUGUGAUGUGACGGAUAGCAUGAAUCAACAGCUUACUUUAAUGGUAGAAUGGGCAAAACAUCUCCAAGAUUUCCAGCGGCUUCCGCUUAAUACACAAGUCGCCUUGUUGAGGCAUUUCUCAGCUCAGCACCUUGUGAUGUGUGCAGCAUUUCGUAGCAUUCACCUGAACGACGUCAUUUGCUUGACGAAUGAAACGUGUCUUCCGAAAGAUCCACCAAAAGUACCAGAUGUGAACCGUGUUGCAGCUAGGAUCGUCGAUCAUUUGACAACGCCUAUGAGAAAAUUGCAAAUGAACGAAAUCGAAUAUGUCGCUCUAAAAGCGAUUGCUCUCUUCGAUCCAUUUGCCAAAGGCGCUGAGGAUUCUUCUCGUGAAGUUGACGAAACUAGACAAAAGAUCAGAGGUAUCUUACUUUCAAUCUACCUGGACGCGGACAGGACGACAAUGAAGAAGAUCAAGGAAGCAGUUGGGAAGACCUUUUUGAAGAAAAGUUUGGGGAAGGCCGUGAGUGAAAGUAGCGGAGAGGAAGAAGAGAAAAAUGUUAAGGAAAAGCUUGGGAGCGCAGGGAACCGGGUCGCUUUCUGGACGAAGGGGAAGAAGGAUAAAAGCGGAUCAGAUGCAGAUGAUAGUCCCUCAGAAUCCGACGAGGAAGACGCAGCAACAGCGGCAAACUUACGAUAUGGAGGAGCGGACAAGAACUUUGGUAGAACCAUGUUCAUAGAGGCCGACAAGAAGAUGACUUGGCAUGUACUCCUAAGAGUUAUCGAAGGAAGAGAUUUGAAGCCAGGCUCAUUGAGGGUACGUGCGUAUCUGGAAGGAAUGCAGAAAUGUACCCGCAUAAGCUCCCAGGGAAUCCCAAAAUGGAAUCAAAAUCUUGUUUUUAUGCUUAAAGAUAUAAGUUUACAAAAUCUUGCCUCUGAAACGCUUACAAUUAAGAUAACCCGCGCAAAGCGUUUCUCUGAAAAAGUCAAGGGGGAAUUUGGCUGCCUUGUCGGUGCUAUUAUUCAUUCACCUGGUCAAGCUGUUAUUUCAAAGUGGAUCGCUAUGAGAACACCGUUUGAUGAGGAGGAUGAUGAUGGCAUCCAUGAAAAUUGUGGAUUUUUGAAGGUAUCCAUGUGCGUGUUCAGCACAACAGGUUCCCCACCAAGAAUGAAUGAUGAUCUGAAAAGUGAGGAAAUCUGGAGUGGAGCUCAAUUGGAGGAAUCAUCACUGAGGGUGAGACUGUUCCGCCUUCAUCAAAUCGCUGAAGAAAUUCUCCAGGAAGUGGAUGCUAAUAAAGGAAAACCUAUCAAAUUUUCAAUUAAGGUCACAUUCGGCAGCGAAUCAGCCGAGUCUAGUGCCGAAGAAGUGGGACCUUACAAUAUGGGUGACAUGGUUACGAAUGUCGUUGGAUUCCAUCAAGAGAUAUUUAUCCCAAUGUUAUGGCCUACAGUCAUAUCUAAGAUUAAUUUUCAAUUAUUUGUAAGCAAAGGUCGACGAAAAAGAUGUAUUGGGCAGGCUUCAAUUUUGACGAGAUCAAUGUACGAACCAGGACGUGAAGGUUUCAUGCCUACAUUCGGCCCAUCGUUUUUAAAUUUCUUCGGUUUUGAGAAACAGAUGCGAUUAAAAUGGAGAAAAGAGAAAGAGAAAAGUAUGAUACAAGAAGGAGAAGGAAGCAAGUACUUGGCCCGACUGUUGGUUUCGAUUGAUUGCGUGGAAUAUAUAGGUGAAUCGAUUCAAAAAACUUUCAUCGAUCACAGUUCGUUGGUGCACUCGAGGAACUUUGAGAAAAUGCAACUUUACAAUGUGUACUGCUCGUUUUUCGCUUGUAAUCUCAUUAAUCCUCUUUUUGCGAGUGAUGAGAUUUCUUUUCUUGUCUCCAUGGGUGAACAAGGAAGCACUGGUGCAGAACUUUCACGAAAUCGAAGUUCUGUAUUAGGGGUAAUGCCCGAUCACGAUGAUAAGAAGUAUUUUUCGAUGCCUUGGGGGAAUCAUAAACCGAUGGCGGAUGUUCCUGGUCUUUGGGAGCAAGUGGACGGUCGAAUCGAGAGAAGUAACGCGAUUAAAAAGGUUGCAAUUAUGCUGGAUAAAUUGUUAACGAUGGCAAAACGACUUGGCGAUGGAAAAUCCGAUCAAGUCGCCUCACUCGCUAUGGAAGCACUCGAGCACAUGCAAUGUAUGCUUAGUCGACUGCAGGAUCAGACCGUAUCAAAUUCAAUAUUGAACGAAUUGGACAACUCCUGGCAAAGAACUCGUCAGAUAAGAAUAGAAAAGAUUCUAAAAGAAAUUGAUGGUUUCAAGUUUGAUGAGACUCAUUUAUUUGAUGAAAUGGGUGAGAAAGUGAUACGAUUUCUGGAACGAAUGAAGGAUUAUGUAUUGAGAAUAGCUGAAGACUGUCAGAUAUCAACACCUUAUAUCAUCAUCAAAAUGUUGGCAAAAGGCAAAGUCGUAGGAUACAGCAAAGUUGCAGCACAAGAGGUGUAUUUUUCGGAAAACGAUGCCUUAUGUGGAGAAUGGUGCGGACAAAUACGAUCAAUUCCUAUGAAAUGGGCAAAUAUUGUUGAUCGUAAGAGCAGACAAGAAGAUUUUCCCGCAGUGAUUCACGUGAAAAUGUGGUUUGGACGUCGUGGAUCGGAGUGGUCAUGGAAAGAAGCGAUUCGCCCGGCUGAAGUGAAAGCAUAUUUUGAGAUCUUUAGUUACCAGAAGAAAGGGAAAUUGAAGUCGGCUUGGAAGGAAACAACACAGUAUACAAACGAAAAAGGCACUGAAGACCUAACGGAAUACACAUCCACAAAUCCGUUCGGAUGGAAUUACAUGGGGAACUGGGUGGUAAGAAAUACACACGAUAUGUGGGUUUGUUCGAGUGAUGGACGAGAAACUUGUGACGAUAAGGUGUUUGAGGUGCAAGAAUGGCGAGUUAAUAAAUGGGAGCCAUCGAAAUUCACCGAUUACUUUGGUGGUGAAAUUGAAAAGAAAACCAUGCAUAAUCCUGGAGAAGGUUGGAGAUACGAAGGAAAAUGGGUUCCGGAUACACAUCAAAACUAUGGCGACAAAAAUGGAUGGGUCUAUGCAAUUUCUGAUGUUUUCUGGGGUGAAACUGGUACAGUCGAUAAGGAAUGGAGACCAGAUCAUAAAUUUCGAAGACGUUGUAUUAAGAGGACACGUAAGGCGAUCAAUUUUGAGAAUCAAAAUUUUGGGAAUUACGAGGAAUCAUUGGGUGAUACGAAAUGGGAGUACUCCAAUGGUGAGAAUAAACCUUAUCAUUACCAAGAGUUCAGCGGAGACUGUAUCCGGCGGAGAAGAUUCGUAAUGGAAGUGCAACGACAAACGGAUAUACCAAAAGAGCAACAACACGAAAUGUAUUUCGUUCCACGUCUUUACGAAGUUCAUGAAGUUACAACAACUUGGCAACUGCGUUGUUACUUUUUAUGGGCUAAGGAUCUGCUACCUGUGGCCAAAAAUACCGCCCGGGCAUUUGUUCGUGUGACUUUUCUCACCAGGGCAUUGCAAAGUUUAGUUGUGGAAAACUCUCAGAAUCCUGUAUGGAAUGAAACACUCAUAUUUGAGAAGGUGCUUAUUCCUGGCGGUAAAAGACAAAUCAGUUGGAAUCCGCCGACGGUAUGGGUGGAGGCACGUGGAGAGUGCAAAGAUCACAGCGAAAUUUUCCUUGGACGUUUCGAGGUGGCACCGGCAGUAAUCUGUGCAACUACGGAUUCACGUGCGAAACCGAAUUGGCAUGCGUUAACAUUUCAAAAUUCAAAGACCAGAGGAGCGGUACUUGCAUGUUUUGAACUAUUUUAUGCGGAUAAAUUCAACAAGGACGAGUUGCCGUUGAUGCCGGCGAAAAAAAGUGUCGACAAUCGCUACGAAGUACCAGGGGAAUUGAGACCAAAAUUUGAGGAUUUCGCCGUUCAAGUUCUUUGCUGGGGAGUACGUAAUUUGAAGAAAUACCAUUUCCUCUCCAUUCGACGUCCAUUUUUGGAACUGAUCAUUGGUGACACGGAAACUCAAACGGAUCCUAUCGAUAAUGUGGCGAAAGAUCCAAACUUUGAUACACCGCUGAUAACGUUCCCAAAGGUCUCUCUUCCGUCGGAUCUUCAGUUCUGUCCACCACUGGUAAUCAAUUUGUAUGACUGUAGAGCUUUCAAGCAGCGACCACUCGUCGGCGUUUGUCAUAUUACAAAUUUUGCGAAAUAUACUAGAAUCCCGAAGAAAAAGAAAGAGGAAGCAGAAAAGUCCGAUUGGGCAGAGUACGAUAAAUUUAUGGAGGCAGAAGAUGAUGCGUUGGCCGCCACACCUCUGAUACCAUCACUCCGUAAGGAAGGGAUGCCGAAUCUUGAUUGGUGGAGCAAAUAUUAUGCAUCGGACGGUCAUCCAGAAAGAGCACCUGGAUUUGAAGAGUCUGGAAUUGAAUACCUAACAAUCUUCAAUGAUUCCCUGGAAAAUGUUAACAACUACAACGAAUUCGAGGAUUUCCUGGACACUUUCACUUUUGUGAAAAGCUCAAGGGGAAGUUUCGACGAUCCUGAAGAAAAGGAAAAAACCGGUGAACUUAAAGGAAAAGUCUUUAUAACACGAUUAACGGGUAAAGAUAGUGACGACGUAAUCGUGGAGCCACCAGGAGUAGAAUUUCUUGGAACGGUUAAAUGUCUCCUACGAGUUUACAUAAUUGAAGCGAAAGGCUUGGUUUCUUUACGGAAAAAUGGCUUGUGUGAUCCGUAUAUCGUCGUAAAAUGUGGAAAACAGAAGGUUAAUCUUAAGAAGAAUUAUCGUCCAGAUACGGUGGAACCGAUAUUUGGAGAGCUUGUUGAAAUGGAAAUAACUAUUCCAUUAGAAAAAGAUCUAAUUGUUUCGAUUAUGGAUAGAAGAAAGCUACUAUCAGAUGAUGAAGUCGGCAAAACACGUAUAGACCUUGAAAAUCGGCUCCUAACAAAAUGGAGAGCUACCGUUGGUCUAGCCAAACAGUUCACAAUCCAAGGAGAGCUGCAGUGGAGAGAUCAACAGACCCCGAUGUGGAUUUUAAGAGGAUUUUGUAAAAAAAUGCUAGUGCCUGCUCCAACAAUCCUAUCGAAGGAUAAAGAUGUUGGCAUUAAAAUUUUCGAUAUUGAAAUAUGGUACUCGCAAGUGAAGAAAAUUAUGGAUGAGGAAGACAAGGCGUUUUCUCAACGUAAACCAGCAGGGAAAGAUGCGCCCGAUGUCGAUGAGGCCGGUUCGUCCGAACGUAAAGACAAAGGGGAUAAUGAUGGUCCGGAUGUGAAAUCAUAUAAAUGGGAUCGUGCAGAUGAGAUGAAAGCAAAAAAAGCCUCAAUUGCUCAACAUGGAGAGAGAAUCAAGGAAAAAGAGCUCACGUCUGAACAGCGACUGGAACUGAGAGCCUUUGAGAGAUCAAAAAUUGUAGGUCGACCAUUGCAGCAAGUAGCACUCUAUAUUCUUUUAAAGAUGAACCUUGUUCCUGAUCACGUGGAAACUCGUACCUUAUUCACUGAAAUGGCCGGUAAUACUCCAUGCGGUGAACUUCGUAUGUUUGUGGAUCUUUUCCCGUUGUCCUACGGCGGAGUUCCACCGCCGAUUAACAUUGUUCGACGAGAACCAGAAAAAUAUCAACUUCGUGUAGCUUUAUUCAAUGUUUCUGGUGCUAUACCCGUAAAAAGAAGCUUUGGAGUACCGACAUCGGACCUAUAUGUGAAAGUGUUCACAAAUGGAUCACAAAAACCACAAAAAUCCGACGUUCAUUUUCGAUCUCUUGACGGCUGCGGGGAAUUCAACUGGCGUUUCGUGAUCGAUAUCGCUUUUAACCCUUGGGAGAAGAAAAUAAUUAAUUAUCAAAAGAGAAGAAUUUUUAGAAAAGCAAGUGAAGAAUUGGUUGAGCCGCUCGUCAUGAUUCAACUUUGGGACAAAAAUAAAUUCAGUAAGGAUGUAAUGUUGGGCGAAAUGGUCUUGGAUAUGACACAUUUCAAAGAAGGUAUCGCUGAUCCGGAAGAUAUAGGAAUUUUGAGAUUAAGAAAAUCGCGUAGAUCAUGUAAACUUUGUAGUCGUCGGUGUUGUUGUAUUCGAAUGUGCAUUCUUUGUAAGGAUACAAAAUGUUGCUGUAAAAUGCAAAAAACCAGAAAAUUACCAUUCCCAAAGCCUCCUAAGUAUAAAAUUCCUAAAGAAGAGGUGGAUACGGUAAAUUUGUUCGAUUCGCAUAGUCUUAGAGGAUGGUGGCCCGUCCUAAGCCAAAGACGUCCCAUGGAUGAUGGGAAGAGUGAUCAUGCAGCGAAGAAAAAGAAGGAUGACGAUUACGAUGCUGAACAACUUUAUAUUAUGGGUUUACUUGAAAUGGAAAUGUCGCUUGUCACAGCAGCUGAAGCGGCCUCGGAUCCAGUCGGGAAGAAGAGAAAGGAACCGAAUCAUAAUCCAUACUUGCCGAAGCCACUGCGAUCAAAUUGGAAUAUGUUUUGGAUCACAUCAAGGCUUCGUCCCUGUUUGUGUUGGUUGUGGAAUAAAUUCGGAUUACAGAUUUUAUGCUGGAUUUUAAUUAUUAUAGUACUUUUCGCCACAGGUUAUGCAAUCAUUGUGAAUUGGCCCGUAAUUGUGGCUACAUUGAUUAAAUAA